UCCCAAGAUAUGUGAGGUCUUCUCAGAAGGACUGAAUUUUCUUAGACGCUGAAGGUGAUAAUGUGACAAAAGAUGGGGGACUGGAACUUACUAGGGAGCAUUCUCGAAGAGGUCCACAUUCACUCUACCAUUGUGGGAAAGAUCUGGCUCACGAUUCUGUUCAUCUUUCGGAUGCUAGUGCUUGGAGUGGCAGCGGAGGAUGUGUGGGACGAUGAGCAGAGUGAGUUUGUAUGUAACACUGAACAGCCUGGCUGUAAGAAUGUGUGCUACGAUCAGGCUUUCCCCAUCUCGCUCAUCCGCUACUGGGUCCUGCAGAUCAUCUUUGUGUCUUCCCCCUCUCUUGUAUACAUGGGACACGCUCUGUACCGGCUGCGGACACUGGAGAAGGAGAGGCACAGAAAGAAGGCUUUCCUGAAGGCGGAGCUGGAGGGGACAGACCCAGUCCAAGAAGAGCACAAGAGGAUCGAGCGCGAGCUGCGCAAACUGGAUGAACAGAAGCGGGUGAGGAAGGCUCCUUUGAGGGGCUCCUUACUCAGAACUUAUGUCUUCCAUAUCCUGACCCGCUCUGUGGUGGAGGUGGGCUUCAUCAUUGGCCAGUGUGUGCUCUAUGGCGUGGGAUUGUCCCCUCUGUACAAGUGUGAGCGUGCACCUUGUCCCAACAGUGUGGACUGCUUUGUCUCUCGCCCCACAGAGAAGAACAUCUUCAUGGUGUUCAUGUUGGUGAUUGCUGGAGUGUCCUUAUUCCUCAAUCUGCUGGAGAUCUUCCACCUGGGGGUUAAGCAGAUCAUUCAGAGUCUGUACGGUGGGUACCGGUAUGAAGAGGAGAGCGUCUGCCCAUCCAAGAAAAACUCCAUGGUUCAACAGAUCUGUGUCCUGUCCCACUCAUCUCCUCAGAAGCUUAUGGAACUGACUAAUCUGAGCUGCCCACUGCUGUCUGAAGCACAGGGGCCCCCACACAGCCAGGAUGGGGCCAGCCAGCAGGCCCAGAAUCAGGGGGACGUGGAGGCUGGGGAGCAGAGAUUCCCUGGGCACUUGGAGCAUCGUAAGGUGUCAUGCAGCAGUGAGGAUUCCGGGGCCCAUCCCUCUGUGCUGCAGUAUGGAGCCCAACCAAGGCCCACUCUCAUGGCUGGCCAUAUGGAGAUCCCUGCGGCCCUGAGGAACAUGCAGAGGAAGCCCAGUAAGGUGAGCACCUGUAAGGAGGUGAGCGAUACUAGCACCUCCCCAGAGAGCGGACACUACCCCACUGCCCGCAAGUGCAGCUUCAUGUCCAGAGGCAUGUCUGAGGGCAAGCUGGCCUCUUCAUCCAACAGCGGGGACUCCCAGAGUGGCACAGAUAUGGAACCACAGCACCUGACCCAGAAAGAGAGUCCAGCUGACACCCCUCCGCCCCCAGCCGCUGGCCGCAGGAUGUCCAUGAGCAUGAUCCUGGAGUUGUCCUCCAUCAUGAAAAAGUGAUUCCUCUCACCCA